AUGGAGUUCGAAGCACGAGCUGGCUCCUUCUCCAAGACCACUUCCGAUAUUGCAGAUGCCUUCAAGGCUGGCAUUGCACCACUGGGUGGUAUAAUCUACGAUACUCCUGAUUCUGGUCAGAAGGAGAUGGCUAAGGACGUUGGAAACGUCGAUAUCACUGGUAUCAGUCAUAAGGAACAAUUCGAUCCUUCCAAAUGUUUGGCCCAGACGUUGUAA